AAUAGUUGGGAAUUUUCCUAGCAUUAUAUAUUCUCUCGCUCUUUCACUAUAUUUGUCUAAAAAUAUUUCACUUUUAAUUUCUUCAAUUCCCCAAUCAAUUCCAUUUUUUUCUCUUCUAACACACACAUAUAUAUAUGAUAUGAAGAGAACCAAAUCGUUUCUACCGUCGCCGCUGUAUGGAAAUGUGAUCACUGUUCUUAGCAUCGACGGUGGUGGAGUAAGAGGAAUUAUUCCGGCGACUAUCCUUGCCUUCUUAGAAUCUGAGCUUCAGAAAGUGGAGGAUGACAAGAAUGCUAGAAUUGCAGACUAUUUUGAUGUAAUUGCGGGAACAAGCACAGGUGGACUCAUUACUGCCAUGAUUACAGCCCCAGACCAAAACAAAAGGCCAUUAUUUGCUGCCAAAGAUAUCAUCGACUUCUACCUCCAACACUGUCCUCUUAUCUUUCCACAACAUCAUACCAGGCAUAAGCAUACAGGUCAUCUUAUUAGUAAGGUUAAGUCUCUGAGUGGACCAAAAUACGACGGGAAGUAUUUGCAUAAUCUGCUGAGAGAAAAAUUAGGUGAUGUGAGGUUGAACCAAACGCUUGCUAAUGUCAUAAUUCCAACAUUUGACAUCAACCGUCUCCAACCUACUGUCUUCUCUACCUAUGAGGGAAAAAGGAACUCCAGCCUAAAUGCUUUGUUGUCAGAUGUAUGUAUUGGAACCUCAGCUGCUCCAACCUAUCUCCCACCUCAUUCUUUUGAAACCAAAGCCUCCAAUGGUCAAGUUAAAGAAUUCCAUCUCAUUGAUGGUGGUGUUGUGGCCAAUAAUCCGGCUUUGGUUGCUAUAAAUGAAGUGUCGAAAGAAAUUCACCAAAACAAUCCUGACUUCUUUCAAAUAAAGCCGAUGGAGUUCGGCCGUUUCUUGGUUCUAUCGAUAGGAACUGGUUCGGUAAAAAUAGAGGACAAAUAUAGUGCUGAUGAGGCUGCAAAAUGGGGUCUGUUGGGAUGGUUGAAAAGUCACAACUCUGUUCCCUUGCUUGAUAUUUUUACUCAAGCUAGUAGUGACAUGACUGAUUUAUUUCUCUCUACUGUUUUUCAAGCUCUCAACUCCGAGAAAAACUACCUUCGAAUCCAGGAUGACACAUUAAGUGAAAAAGAAUCUUCGGUGGAUAUUGCUACUAAAGAAAACCUAAAGAACCUUGUGGGAAUUGGAGAAAAGCUGUUGAAGAAACCUGUUUCAAUGGUUAACUUAGAAACUGGUAUCUAUUCUCCUAAACAUGGAACUACGACAAAUGGAGAAGCUCUUACACGCAGUUUUGCUGAAAUGCUUUCCCGGGAGAGAAAGACUCGUGAAAGUAGACCAACUAUAGAAGAGGCAAAGACUACCGUUACCGUAGAAGUUUCUAUUCCACGAGAUAAUAGAUAUAAUCUGGAAGUUGGUGCUCAUCAGGGCUCAAAAUCAUUCCCCCCCAGCUGUUAUAAUAAGAAUCAUCAUCAAUCACAGUCUCAACAAUCAUCAUCAUCAUCAUCAUCAUCAUCAUCAUCAUCAUCAUCAUCAUCAUCAUAGGAAUGCGCCUCCUAAUAAUUCUCAAAGGCAUGCAACUAUCCAAGAACUGAUACAGAUUAUGCUUAGCACUAGGCUACCACAACCUCAGCCAUUGUCAUUUAGAGACUUUAUACAUGAUCAGGACAACGGCGAUCGAUGACAGUACUACCAACCUAAGAUAUAUAGAGUCCUAGUAAGAUAUAUUGUCUUUCAUUUGACAAUACUAGUAAAUAAGUAUGUGCUUUAAGGAUAUUAUUAUUUAUUUAUGAUAAAUAUUAUUUUGGAUA